AUGGAAUCCCUGGAUUCGCCUUUGCCGGCACUGAAGUUUCCCUUAAGGGAUGCUUUGCAGGCACUCCAAGAGUCUGCCAAUGGUCCUCCAUCUGUGAGGACCGCUAUGAUGCACUCUGCUUCAGCAGGUGCUCACGUGCCCUACAAGGUCGGCAGCACGGCGAAAACUCGUGCAUUGAAGAGGAUCGGUCGCAUUAAGCGUCGUGGUGAACACCUGGGGGGAGGUUACGCGGAGCAGCGCCCGAUGAGUACGCCCCGCGCCCCACCGGAGUGCGAUCGACCGAGAUCAGUGCCGAAGUCGGUUCCAUCUGCGGUGAGCAGGAGCAAAGUGGAGAUGAUUCAGUUUACUCAAGACGCGGCUAUCCACUCAUGGCCGCAGGUGCAGAAAUCGCAGUCGAUGCCGGACCUCAGCCAUACGUCCACUAAAGCUCAGAUGGGCGCUAGCACCUCCAGCUUUGGCAGCCCUGUUGAAAUUCGGCCGACGUGGACUUCCGCCGCACGAGCAGUCUUGGGCCAUGGCCGGCGACAGGCAACGACCAAGUCCAAGAGCGCGCAGAGUCUAGAGGACUUGGAGAAGACAGACUUGUCGGAGCUGCCCCCCGCAGGCUGGGCUUCCAAGUCAGCAUUGGCUUAUAGCAGCACUGGCCUGAACAAAUCUUGCAAUUAUGUACGUUACGUAUGCAUGCGUGUAUGCAUGUGA